AUGACAUCUAGCACGCGAAAGACCGUUCUUAUCACUGGCUGUAGCGCCGGAGGCAUCGGCUCCGCGCUGGCGCAAGCCUUCCACGAUCAGGGCUGUCGCGUCUUUGCCACCGCGCGGGCAUUGUCAAAGGUUGCGCACUUGAGAGAUAUAGGCAUUAGCGUGCUGCAGCUGGAUGUAGAAGAUGCUGCGUCGAUUGAUAGUGCGGCCAGCCAAGUGGGUGCCGCUACCGGCGGGACGCUGGACAUUCUGGUGAACAACGCGGGCCUCGGCCAAGCCGGUCCCAUUGUAGACUCGGACCUAGCCUACUCUCGCCAGAUGUUCGAGGUCAACUUCUUCGGACGCGUCGCCACCACACAGGCAUUCGCACCACUCCUUGUCAAGGCUAAAGGCACCGUGCUCAACAUUGGGAGCAUCGCUGGCGUAUGCCCACAGCCGUGGAAGGGAAUGUACAAUGCUAGCUGCGCCGCCGUGCACCAGUGGAGCGACACGUUGCGGAUCGAGAUGGAGCCCUUUGGGGUGCGAGUUGUGCUCGUCAUCACCGGAGCGGUGCACACAAACUUCAUCACGAACCAGCCCGGCACCGAAGUGGCGCCUGGAUCCAUCUACGCCCCGGCGAAGGAGUCGAUAGAGAACGUCAUGAAUGGCAAAGCGGUAGCCAAGAACUUUGUCGACGCGGACGUCUACGCACGGGAGGUGGUUGCGAAUGUGUUGCGCAAGCAGCCCGUGAGGCGGCAGUGGGCUGGAGGCGUGGCGAGGCUGAUAUGGGCCGUUUCGGCGAUGCUGUGGGCAACAGCGUGGGACUUUCUGCUAGCGGAACAGUUUGCGAUCAACGAUCUUAGGAGGAGUUUGGCGUGA